AUGGGAAGCCUGGAACCAAUGCCCGAGCUGGCCGUCAACGACGGCCCACUGACCGCAGAAGACAUAGGCCAGCUCACACCAUCGACAACCAACCUCCCGACCUCCGAACUCCUCCACCGCUACCGCCGCGACGGGUACCUGCUGGUGAAGAACCUGCUGCCGCGAGAAGACGUGCUGAAAGCGCGCUCAGCGUACUUCCAAAUGAUGGUCCCAACAGGCGUUCUGGAACCCGGAACGGCAGUGGAGGAAGGCCGGUUCAACCGCAGCGAGCGCACGCCCGAAGAGUUCCCAGGCGUCGGCGCGGGCUCCUCAGGCAUGAACGGACGACCGGGCGACGAACGCGCUGCGGCGCUGUUCGUCGAUCUCGCGCUCCAGGCGCACUCGGAGCCCUGGUACGCCGACGUCUUCUGCAAGCAUCCCGCGCUGUUGAGCUUCGUCGCGGAGCUUACUGGCUGGGGGGACGCGACCUUGCCGUUGAAGCGCUCCCUCCUGCGGAACAACGUGCCUGGGACGAAGCCUAUUGGCGUCCACUACGAUCAGAUCUUCUUGCGCCACGGCGACGAGAGUAACAUCACCGCCUGGGUGCCCAUUGGUGAUGUCGCGCUGGACGGGGGCGGCCUUAUUUAUCUCCAAGACAGCACACCAAUCGGCCGUGCUCUCGAAGAAUCCUUCACGACCAAAGCGCUCUCAACAGGCCUCAGCGCCGAAGAAGCGAAAUCCGCAUUCAACCAAAACAUGAUGUCGACGGGUCUCAUCUCAGAGAACCCACUCGAGUUCUCGCGCCAGCACGGCCGGCCUUGGCUCGUCAGCGCCUUCGAGGCAGGCGACGUCGUCUUCCACUCCCCGUACACCAUCCACGCUUCGACGGUCAAUCACGACAAGGACGGCGUUAUUCGCCUCGCGACGGAUCUGAGGUUUUGUGAUUCCAGACGCAGCUUUGAUGCGAGGUGGAUGAAUGUCUACACUGUUGGUGAUGGUGUUUAA